UCUCCUCAAACGGGAAAGAAAGAGACUGUUUGUGCCAGGCCCAGAGCCUCCACUGACCAAACCUAGAGAGAAUAAGGAGGGAGAGAGAGAGAGAGACUGAGAGAGUGCAAAAACUGCCUCUCACUCACUGCUGCUCUUUUGCUUUUUGCUGGGUUUUUCUAGUUUUCCCUCUGCUCUUCUUAGUUUCUUUUUUGCUGUACCUCCCUUUGCAUGUACUGAAAAAAGAAGGAAAUAAAAAACCCAUCUUUCCAUUCCUAUCACCAUCUCUGUUUCUUAACCUAUUCAAAAGUAUUGCAGUACAGAAUCUCUCCCAUCUUCUCACAGAUCCAGCUCUUCUGUGAUCCAGAGUUGAUGGAUUGGAACUCCAAAGGUGAUCAGAAUUGGUUUUGCGGUAAUCUAUGUUGAACCCGGAUAUCUGUAUUACUUAUUUCACAGCUUUGGAAUUGGUCAUUCUUGUUUUAUGACUCGUUGAGGAUGAUUCCGAUUUCGCCACUGGUGGCUUCAAUCUUUAGCUUUUUAUAGAUAGCAAUAGUCGUACGGAGUUGGGUUGGCUUUAACUCUUGAAGAGGCUUCAAGUUCUUGUCUUUGGAUUUUGUAUGAAAUAUACUUUGUGGCUUAUCAACACAAUGGGUGGGAUGUGCUCCAAGACGAGGAGAUCGACUGUAGAUGAUGUCAAUGUAAAUAAUGCCCCCAAUGGAGGCAUUCCUACUGCUAAUGGCCAUCCUAGUAAUGGAUCUCAUGGUCUGCCCCCGAAAUUGAAUUCCAAUUCGACUCCAUCCCCAGUUAGUGAAGGCGUGGAUAAACAAUUGCGAGACCCAUUUAUGUUGCCGGAGACAAAUAAUAUGGUACCUUAUGGGCUCAUUACAGAUGAUGUCAACGACGGGAUUCCUCACUUGUCGAGGACCUUAUCACACAAAAAUAGAUCUACCAAGUCUAAGCAGGCUGUGGCAAAGGUAUCAGAAGUAAGCUCCCUUUUGGGCAGGGCUGGUACUGCUGGCCUUGGGAAGGCAGUGGAAGUUUUGGACACCCUUGGUAGUAGCAUGACAAAUUUGAAUCCAAGCAGUGGUUUUACCUCAGGGGUGACAACAAAAGGGAAUAAAAUUUCAAUUUUGGCUUUUGAAGUCGCAAACACAGUUGUCAAGGGUUCAAAUUUAAUGCAGUCCCUUUCUAAGGAUAACAUCAAACAUCUAAAAGAGGUUGUGCUUCCUUCAGAAGGGGUACAGAAUUUGAUAUCAAGAGAUAUGGAUGAACUCCUGAGAAUUGCUGCUGCUGACAAGAGAGAAGAGCUCAAAGUUUUCUCGGGAGAAGUAGUGCGUUUUGGAAAUCGUUGUAAAGAUCCUCAGUGGCAUAAUCUGGAUCGCUAUUUUGAAAAGUUGGGUUCAGAAAUUACACCACAGAGGCAAUUGAAGGAAGAUGCAGAGACAGUGAUGCAGCAAUUGAUGACGUUAGUUCUAAAUACAGCUGAACUAUAUCAUGAGUUACAUGCCUUGGACAGAUUUGAACAAGAUUAUCGGCGGAAGCUUCAAGAGGAAGACAACUCAAGUACUACCCAAAGAGGAGAUAGCCUUGCAAUCUUGAGAGCAGAGUUGAAGAGUCAAAAGAAGCAUGUCAGAAGUUUGAAGAAAAAAUCACUUUGGUCCCGGAUUUUGGAAGAGGUCAUGGAGAAACUUGUCGAUGUUGUUCAUUUCUUACAUAUGGAGAUUCAUGAAGCAUUUGGAAAUGCAGAUACUGAUAAACCUGUGAAAGGUUCUCAGAACAAUCACAAAAAGUUGGGGUCUGCUGGUCUUGCCUUGCAUUAUGCAAAUAUUAUCACUCAAAUUGAUCUUCUUGUGUCUCGAUCAAGUUCUGUGCCUUCAAACACACGGGAUACUUUAUAUCAGGGGCUCCCGCCUGGUGUGAAAUCAGCUUUGCGCUCAAAACUACAGUCAUUUCAGUUGAAGGAAGAGCAUACAAUCGCUGAAAUUAAAGCUGAAAUGGAGAAAACGUUGCGGUGGCUAGUUCCCAUUGCCACUAACACAACCAAAGCUCAUCAUGGCUUUGGCUGGGUUGGCGAAUGGGCAAACACUGGGUCCGAGAUGAACCGAAAGCCUGCUGGUCAAACUGACUUGCUGAGGAUUGAGACACUGCACCAUGCUGAUAAACAUAGAACCGAGUCUUACAUUCUUGAACUGGUGGUGUGGCUUCACCAUCUCGUCAACCAAACGAGGGUUGGAAACUGUGGAAUUAGAUCUCCUGUUAAAUCCCCUCUUUGCUCCCCCAACCAGAAGGCAAUUCAGUUGUGUAUGAACAAAACCAACUGCUCAUCACCCAUAUUAACAGUUGAAGACCAAGAAAUGCUUCGAUAUGUAAGUAAGAGAAAACUGACACCGGGGAUUAGUAAGAGUCAAGAAUUUGACACCUCAAGGACCAGGUUCAGCAAGCAUAACCGGCUGAGCAAGAGUAGCAACCACUCCCCGACAAGUGAACGUAGGAAGGAUCCAUUUCCAAUCAGGAGGCCAUCCUCCGUUCCUAUCAUUGACUUUGAUUUCGACCGGAGCAAAGCACUGGAUGUCAUUGAUCGGGUGGACACAAUUCGAAGUAUUUGAAUGCACAGGCGAAGUGGUUCUUGUGUAUGUAUGUCUUGUAAGUUCAUCUGUGGCAUUUGUCCCUGUCGUGUGCUCUUUGUUGUGGCGGUGGCGAUGUCAUGGAAGCGGGCAUGGAUGCUGAGAAACGAGAGAAGUCAUGGCCGGUUUGAAUGUCAAAAUGUAGGGUGAGAAUUGAGAAUGUAUUUUGAUCAAUGUAAGUUAAAUUUCUGUAGAUGGAAAGGAUGCUGGUUUUAUACUUUCCUUAGUGGCUAGUAUGUACAGAAUAUUCAAUUAAUAAUCCAAAGUUCAUGCUUCUCCA